AUGGACUGCUCGAGUUCCAAAGAGACGCCACCGCACAAGGCGUGGUGGACCGGCGAGACGGUGGCGGUGGUAACGGGGGCCAACCGUGGCAUUGGGCACGCGCUGGCCGCGCGCCUGGCGGAGCAGGGGCUGUCCGUGGUGCUCACGGCGCGGGACGAGGCGCGCGGGGAGGCCGCCGCCGCCGAGCUCCGCGCCAGGGGUCUCCCGUCCGUGCGUUUCCGCUGCCUCGACGUCACCGACCCCGCCUCUGUCGCCGCCUUCGCCUCCUGGAUCCGCGACCACGUCGGCGGCCUCGACAUUCUGGUGAACAAUGCCGGGGUAUCGUUCAACGAGAUCGACACCAACUCGGUGGAGCAUGCUGAGACAGUCCUAAAGACGAACUUCUAUGGAGCCAAGAUGCUCAUCGAGGCGCUCCUGCCCCUUUUCCGUCGAUCCUCUGGGACCAGCCGGAUCCUGAACCUCAGCUCCCAGCUUGGCCUUCUCAAUGUGAGGGACCCGUCGUUGAGGAGCAUGCUGCUGGACGAGGGCAGGCUGACGGAGCAGCAGGUCGAGGCCAUGGCGUCGCGGUUCCUGGCGCAGGUGAAGGACGGGACGUGGCAGGACCACGGGUGGCCGGCCGUGUGGACGGACUACGCGGUCUCCAAGCUGGCCCUCAACGCCUACUCCCGCCUCCUCGCCGCGCGGCUGCGGGGGGCCGUAGCUGUCAACUGCUUCUGCCCCGGGUUCACGCGGACUGACAUGACGCGGGGGUGGGGCAAGCGCACCGCCGAGGAGGCCGGCCGCGUCGCCGCGGGGCUCGCGCUGCUGCCCCCUGCCGACCUCCCCACCGGCAAGUUCUUCAAGUGGUCCACGCCGCAGCUCUACUCCAAGCUCUGA